AUGGAACGGCGCCUGGUCCAGGGCGGAGCAGCCGGGCGAGGCCGCGUCCGGGUGUCAUUCCUGCAGAGCAUCCGGGAGACGCUGGCCAUGUACUCCGAGCUGGGCAAGAUCAAGCUCGGCUCAAUGGUGGUCAUCACUACCAUGGCGGGCUAUUACAUGGCCCCGUUCUCGUCCUUCGAUCUCAAGCGGUUUGCGCUGACAUCACUGGGCACCGGCCUGGCGGUGAUAUCCGCCAACACCUUCAAUCACAUCAUCGAGGCCAAGCUAGACCUGAGGAUGGUCCGCACCUCGACUCGCCCCUUGCCCUCAGGGCGAAUGAGCAGCACGCAUGCGACGAUGUUCGGCGUGAUCACUGGUAUCGUCGGUCCCGCACUGCUCAUGGCGCGCGUCGACAACACCGCCGCUGCACUCGCGCUAGCCAACAUCGUGCUCUACGCCGGCGUCUACACGCCCCUCAAACAGAUGCACCCCAUCAACACCUGGGUGGGAUCUGUGGUGGGCGCCAUUCCACCGAUGAUCGGCUGGGUGGCGGUCACGAAGGGAAAGCUCGACCUGGGCGCGUGGGCACUUGGAGGGCUCCUGUUCCUGUGGCAAAUCCCCCACUUCCUUUCGCUCUCGUUUCCGCUGAAGGAGGACUACGCCCGAGCAGGCUACAAGAUGCUCUCCGUCACCAACGUCGAUGCGGUGAUGAGCCUCUCCUACGUCUUCUCGGCCAUGCUGCUUCCUCUGGGCUUUGUCUCCAGCUAUGCUGGCAUGACGAGCUGGGUCUACGCCAUCGACUCCACACUCUGCAACGGGUAUCUGCUGUGGAUGGCGCACAAGUUCUACACGCGGAGAGACACCACGUCGGCCCGAAAGCUGUUCUUCGCCUCCCUCAUCUAUCUCCCCCUCCAGAUGUCCCUCAUGAUGCUCCACAAGAGCAACCACCCCGUGUCCGCGGCUGCAGUGGCCACGCCCUCCCUCUCCUUGUGA